AUGAAGUUAGAAAGCACACAGCUCAAAGACCUACCUGAGCCAUUCCCAGUUUGCACGCAAAUCGGUAGCAAUGAUUCACCAAGAAUAGCUGACACAUUUAAACUAAGCGCAUAUCAAUGCAAGCUAUGCCAGAAGAUAUUUUCAGAAGUAAUUCUUCUUAAGAAGCAUAUGAUUGAAGAGCUAGAAUUUGACAAUGAAAUAAUAGGAUUCUUGAAUCUUGAGUUAGGAUUCGAUUUGUCUGAUGAUACUGAAACCCAAAUUGUGAACAAAUCAACUUACGAAGUAAGGAAAAAUUUAAUUUGCCCUUUCUGCUCAAAAAUUUGUAAAAGUAAAAAAGGCCUAGAACAGCAUAAGGGCAAAGCUCACAUACACAAAAGAAAGAGAUGCACUUGCAAGAUCUGUGGUAAAAGAUACGAAAACAAGUAUGCGUUGAGAUUCCAUAUUACGCAAGUUCAUGAAAAAGCCACAAGGGUAAAGUGUGAUAUUUGUGGUUCUAUUAUUUACAAUAAAUACAUGCUUACUGUCCAUAUUGAGCAUGCUCAUACAAAAGGUAUGAUAUAA